CUAGCCCUUGAGGAGGCUGAGAAAUGUCAACCAACACCUACUGCUUUCUGUGUCGGCUGCGUUUUAGUAACUCGCUGGCCAACUGUCCAUGAUAAACCUAUUAUACUUGCGCGGGGUUAUUCGCGCGAGCUUCCUGGGAAUACCCAUGCGGAAGCUAAUGCACUAGCCAAAGCAGUGUCGAGUUGCGAAGAACUCUCCGAAGUGUUUACCUCUUCCACUCCUGGCGCGGUGGACAUACACGAACUUCUCAAGCAUACUGACGUGUAUACGACGAUGGAACCCUGCUCGAUUAGGACCUCGGGUCUGGCUCCCUGCGCGGACGCGCUUAUCGCAGUUGGGGUUCGACGGUGCUUCAUUGGCGUUGGCGAGCCGGAUGACUUUGUGAAGUGUGAAGGAGCUGACAAACUCAGGAAAGGGGGCAUUGAGGUUAUAUGGUUGAAAGGAUUGGAAAACGAGUGUUUGACAGUUGCCAGACGUGGUCAUCAGGAAUCAUCUUGA